UCAUUCCGUGAACUUUAGUCUCCUAGAGCAAUGACCCCCUGCUUCAGUUGUAGUGCCCGCUUAUUUUCAAGAGAAUUCAUAUAAAACGAGUUCCAUCUUUUACAGCAGAAAUGUUAAAAGCGAGUACUGUCUUACUAUACAUACUUCUAGUGUUUGAAUUUCAGUUUGUCUUUAUGUGCGAAAGUAAUCAGACUCGACAAGGCUGCCGCAUUCAGGAGGGUACAUGCUUGUGUGGGGUCGGAUGUUACUCGGAAUACAGAUAUUCUUCAAGGGAAGAAUGUAGGAAGGCUCUGAAAGGACGUGGUGAUGACCCCUGUCAGGUGAACCCAUGCGAGAAUGGAGGUUCGUGCAGUCAAAUAUCAUUUGAGCCUGGGUAUCGCUGUCGUUGCGAAGGAACAGGUUUCUAUGGCAACCGCUGUCAAAAUGCUUGUCCAAUACCAGGAACAUCAACAGGCCGAUACUCUUUCCCACAUGAGUGUAUUGUAAUCUGAGAAUGAUUGUGGGCAAAAUCUGACAUUUCAUAGUACUGAGAAGUAUCCAAAGUGGAUAUAGUAUAUUUACAAGUUUCUGCUUAUUGCAGGAACUCUAAAUCCUGCUACAAAAUGCAACAAUUGGUCAGUACACAAUAGAAAAAUUCAUGCAUGGCACGAAAACAAUCUGGAAGGAGUAAUUGUAUUUGACAACAAACUGUGUGAUUAAUAGGCUGUCAUCUUAAAGGAUUUUAUUAGGUCCUUCAAGAUAGAGAUUAAUGUUAAACAAUAUGUUCAACAUAAAAACAUGUGCAUCCAUCUGUUGCCUUCAUAUUAUACACAGCUGUUUCUUUUGUAACUACCUACGUUCUUUAAAAAGACAUUCCACUGACCUUACCAUCCUGUAAGAGUAUUUUUUUCUUUUUUUU